AUGCUGGCCGCCUACUUCCCAUCAGCAUCCUGCAUCAGGGUGGCAGGGCCCGUCACAGAUGAUCUACUGGUGCUUUCAAGCUCCCUCAUAUUUCCUAAGUCUCUGGACUUGGAGCUCUCCUUGAUACCCUGCGAGAAUUCAGCAGCUGGGGAAGCUUAUGCCAGCGGGCAGUGCAGCUUCUACAGUUAUGGAUCCGCUGCAAAGCACGAUCUCAGGCAGCUAUGGAAAGACAAGCCGGAGAGCAUUGCAGCGCUGUGCAUUGCAAUCCCCAAACCAGGGCACACGGUUGGGGGGAUGAAUACUCAGUGCCUGGGGGCAGUCCUGAUGGGGAUAAAGAGGGGCGACAACUCGGCGGUGUCGGGCAAUCUGACGGCCCUCGCCUAUGUGCUGUCGAGCCGGUUUGCCUCUGCAUUCUCAAAGGUCGCCGCGCACAUGCGAGCCUACUACUUGCUUGUCGACCCAGCAGAGGAAGCCGAAGAGCCGGCAGCUGCCAGAUCAGCCGGGGAAGCUUCCUACUCCUCAGAAGACGCCAGCUCCUCGGACAGCAGCGCAGAUGCAGAUGCUUGUGGAGAGGGGCAGCCUGUGCGCGCAGCUGGCACCACAGCCUUCCAUGAGCGGCCCGGCAGGCCGCCUGCACAGCCAAACUCGCUCCCCGACCCCCUGUCACCACACGCAGAGGUGCACAGGCAGAGAGCAGGCCAUGUGCAGCCUCCUGGCGAGCCAGUCACGCCGAGUGACACCCCAGCCGCACCUGAAGACCGGACAGCUGGUGAGGAGCCUGGCAGCAGCGCUGCGCCGGCGCAGGGAGGCGCUACAGGGGUCAGUGAUGCCACAGCUGGGGGGCUUCUUGGCAGUGGAGCAAUGGCGUCAGGGGGCUUGGCCGAUCCUGGCACUGCAAGUGAGCCACGCCAGAAACCGCCUGAUGAGCCCUGCUCCAGCGGCAGGGGCACAGAGCAGCAGGAGGGGGGCGGCAAGGGAGAAGGCAAGGGCAGGGGUGGGCGGGCUGCCAAGCAGCACCCCUUCUGGCUCACCUUCAAGCACGGUGGGUUGGAGCAGGCAUUCAUUGGGUGGCAGGCCACCCAACAGGCCAAGGGUGAUCUUGUGGGAGGCUUCCUGGCUUUCUUUGUGGAGCUGGCGGCCAUGAAAGAUCCAAUGGUGAAGAAAGGCGUGAUGGCCUCUGGGCGGCCAUUUGUUGCAACUCUGAGCCUCUUCUGCAUUCUCAACGUGAUGCUCUUCCGGCCACACUGGUGGCGGUACAGGCGAGAGGCUUACAUCAGCGCGCUGCUGAUCGCAAUGGCAGUCCAGUCAGCUGCAGCAUUCACCCCCUGCGUGGCCGUCAGGCUGCCCCCUUCAAAGCUUUCUGACCCCAUUUGGUUUGCACGCCUCAUCUAUGCCGAAGCCAUGGCAGUCAUGCCCAUCAUGUUCGUGGUGCGCUCCUGGAGGCUGGCAUUAAAUCACAUGGUGCUUUUACUCUUGGCUGUGGGUCGCUCGCUGCCAUUUGUGUGCAGCACACCCGGGGCCAUGCAGCCGUUCCGCACCUGCUUUGCUUGGGGCCUUCUCCUACUGGUUUGUGUCGGGUGCCUGCUGCCCAUGUCCGCCCUGUGGGCAUUCGAAGUCCACGCCCGCCGCACUUUCCUCAGGUCCCCUGCUGGCGAGGCAGCGGUGAGCAAGCAGGAUUGA